AUGCGAAGCCGGCCAGGGCACUUCGUGGACCUGCGGCUGAAGCAGCGUAUUAAGCAGUACCUUGCAAGUAAUAAAUGUGGCCAGUAUGUUGACAUUAGAAUUCUAGCCUCUGAUUUGCAGAAAACCUACAGUGUAGAAUAUGGACGAAGAAAAAGAAAUGCUUUUAGACUACAAGUUGAAAAAGUGUUUGGAAUAAUCAGUAAUGAAAAAGAACAAGAAGAUUUAGCAGUUUUAGAAGCUGAACAUGUGGCAAAAAGAGCAAGACAACAAGAGAAAAAUGAUUUUCACUCUUCAUAUGCCACAGAUACCUCUGAUUAUGAUGAUUAUCCAGAAGAUCUAUCUACAAAUCACAUGAACAGUUCUCUGCUGAGCUUAUAUAAGAAAGGAAAUCCCGAUUCUGUUCCAACCACUCCAAAAAAUGAACCAGUGGAAACCCCCCCUCCUGUGAGAACAGCACCUCAAACAAGCAGCCUCUCAUCAGGAGCACAGGUUGGAACACGCAUCUCUGAAGGUGGCUGGUUCAUCGAUAAAACUCCCUGUGGAAAAGACUUUUUCAUUGACCUUUCUGAGGAUGGAGAAGGAGAUGAGAAGAAACUGACACAGAUUAGUAAAUCAACAGAAUUUUCUGUCUUGGAGACUGAAAGAAAGAAGACAAAGGGUAAGAAAGUGAAAAGAAAAAAAGAAGAAUUUACAGAUGUAGAUGGAGAAAUUAAUUCCAUCUUACUUAAAGAGAAAGUUAGAAGGAAGGGACCAGAGCUUUACCAUCCUUCAGUGAAGUUUGAGGAUGUAGGAGGCAAUGAUGAAACUUUAAAGGAAAUAUGCAAGAUGCUCAUUCAUCUCCGUCACCCCGAAGUCUAUAACCAGUUAGGUGUGGUUCCACCUCGCGGCUUUCUUUUGCAUGGACCACCAGGAUGUGGAAAGACACUGCUUGCACAGGCAAUUGCUGGGGAACUCGAGCUCCCAAUGCUGAAAGUAGCAGCGACAGAGAUGGUGUCUGGAGUGUCAGGAGAAUCUGAGCAGAAACUGAGAGAAUUGUUUGAGCAGGCUUUGUCCAGUGCACCAUGUGUCCUUUUCAUUGACGAGAUUGAUGCAAUCACCCCAAAGAGAGAAGUGGCAUCGAAGGACAUGGAGCGGAGAAUUGUUGCUCAGUUCCUAACUUGCAUGGACGACUUGAAUAGUGUGGCUGUCACUACCCAGGUCCUUGUUAUCGGAGCAACCAACAGACCUGACUCACUGGACCCUGCACUGAGGCGAGCUGGGAGAUUUGAUCGGGAAAUUUGUUUAGGGAUCCCGGGUGAACAAGCAAGAGAAAAGAUUCUUGAGACUUUGUGUCGAAAACUUAAGCUGCCAGAGUCCUUUGAAUUUAAGCAUUUAGCACGGCUGACUCCGGGUUAUGUUGGUGCUGAUCUGAUGGCACUUUGUCGUGAGGCAGCUAUGUGCACAGUGAACAGGGUCCUCAUAAAGUCGGAGAAGCAGGAAAGGAAACGCAUACACAGUGAAGGAAACACAGCUGAAGAAAGCAUGGGAAUAGAAACAGACAUCAUGGACGAAUUGCAGAGACUUCUGGAUUUGCUGAAGAAGCAGGACCCCUUGCCUGAGGAGCAGCUGCAGAAGCUCUGCAUUGAGAUGAAUGAUUUUAUUGUUGCACUGUCAUCGGUGCAACCCUCUGCCAAGAGAGAAGGCUUUGUCACAAUUCCUGAUGUGACAUGGGCAGACAUCGGAGCCCUGGAGGACGUUCGGGAGGAGCUGACUAUGGCAAUAUUGGCACCUGUGCGAAAUCCAGAGCAGUUUAAAGCCCUGGGCCUGACUACUCCAGCUGGUGUCCUACUUGCAGGGCCUCCUGGGUGUGGCAAAACACUGUUAGCUAAGGCUGUGGCAAAUGAAUCUGGACUGAACUUCAUAUCCGUGAAAGGUCCUGAACUGCUAAAUAUGUAUGUUGGUGAAAGUGAACGUGCUGUACGUCAGGUAUUCCAGCGUGCCAGGAAUUCAGCCCCUUGUGUCAUAUUUUUUGAUGAAGUUGAUGCUUUGUGCCCUCGGAGGUCUGACCGUGAAUCAGGAGCCAGUGUCCGAGUUGUUAACCAGUUACUCACAGAGAUGGAUGGUCUGGAGAAUCGUCAGCAGGUUUUCAUUAUGGCUGCCACAAACAGGCCAGAUAUAAUUGACCCAGCUAUCCUACGUCCUGGUAGACUGGAUAAAACACUCUAUGUGGGUUUGCCACCACCUGAAGAUCGACUUGCUAUUUUAAAGACCAUCACCAAAGAUGGCACCCGGCCUCCAUUAGAAACUGAUGUAAGCCUUGAAGAAAUUGCUUACAGUCAACACUGUGAUUGUUACACAGGAGCAGACCUCUCCGCUCUAGUGCGUGAGGCUUCGAUUUGUGCCUUGAGACAAGAAAUGGCCCUGCACAAUGCUCCAAGCAAGAAAGGAGAAAUCAAGGUUUCCAGUAAACAUUUUGAAGAAGCUUUUAAGAAAGUAAAAUCUUCAGUAUCCAAAAAGGAUCAAAUAAUGUAUGAAGAACUGCGUCAGUCCCUGUGCAGGUGACACAUUUGGACAAUUCCCAGAAGAGAGUAAUGGGUGGAGAGUUUUGUAAUACCUGUGGCACCUGA